UCAUUUUCAAUUGACAGUUAUAUUCACGUGUUUACAGAUUUUCCGUGCAGCUGAAAUGCACAUAAAUAUUUAAAAUUGUACGAAAAUUAAUGAAAAAUAACCAUGUUGUUAUUAGAAGAUAAGGAAGUAGACAUAUUCGUCGCUAGUAAGAUAGGUUCUUUUAAACAUAUAAAAUACCACACAGACACAACCAAGAACAGUAAGAAGAACACGGAGAACUUAGUUGACAUCAAGACAUUGCAGAAAGAUGAAGGCAUCACCCGGCUGGAGUGGGGGAACCCUGAGCAGACAGAAAUACUUGUUGGCAGGAAGAAUCAACAGAUCCAAAUAUACAACACUCUCCAAGGCUUCACGAAGUCCUACACAGCGGACUUCGCUCCCGGUGAAGUGGUGGGGCUCGGCAGAAGUAAGCGUAAGAUGUUAGCAGCCGUCUCCAGCGGGGUUGUUAAGAUCUGGAGCAAGAAGUCUGAGGAGCUGGUGAACGUGGGGAAGAUUGAUCGCAUGAGGGUCUGUCCUGAUGAUGAUACGGUUUUUGGGACUGGCGGAGAAGAGAAUGACUUAAAAAUCUGGCGCAUAGGAGAGCCCCAACCCACCUUCGCAGCCAAGAACUUAGCUCACGACUGGCUGCAGCUGCGGCGGCCGGUGUGGGUGUCGGACCUGGUGUUCCUCCACGGAGAAGGUGGCAGACUGGCUGCAUGCUGCUCCAGACAUGGUUAUGUUAGGCUAUAUGACAGCCGUGCUCAAAGGAGGCCGGUUAUAUGUGUGGACUUCGAGAAAAUGGCGGCCACCUGCAUCACCAACAGUUUUGAUGAACGCCAAGUCCUAGUAGGUUUCGGUCGAGGUCAGCUGCAUCAGGUGGACCUUCGCAAAGGCAAGCCGGACCGCGGCUACAAGGGCUGCGUGGGCGCAGUCUCCGACAUCAGCGUAGUUAGAGAGAAACGACUUAUAGUCAGCUGUAGUUUAGACAGGCAUAUGAGGGUCCAUGAUUAUAAUAGCAAGGAGUUGGUUUAUAAGCAAUACUUAACAUCGAAACUAUCCUGCGUGUUAGUACAAACGGAGAGCUCAACCCCUCUCACUAAAGUGGAGAGUGAGAUAAAGGAAGAAGUAGAAGAUGUGGUCAAGGUGGAAGCUGAUGAUGGAGACGACUUGGACCAUCUGUUUGAGAACAUGGAGACCGUUGGUGAGAAACCAAAAAGGCCCAAACAGGCGGAUAUAGAAGAGUUGCCAGCUAAGAAAAUCAAGCCCUCAUCUGACGGUUGUACGGAUGGUGACAUUGAAGAAAAUACUGAGGAUGCUAUUAAGAAAUUAUUGAAGAGCACUGAAAAGCUGAAACGUAAGAGAGAUCAGAAGAAACGGGAGAAGAAAGCUAAGAGUGUGUUCCAUAAUGCGUAGAAAUAAAGUUUUUAGUA